GUAAGCAAGCACCCAGACCUAGUUCUGCUGUCGGAGUUUACCUGUGAUCAUGGGGAGGAAGCUGGACCUGUCCGGUCUCACGGACGAUGAGACGGAGCAUGUCCUCCAGGUGGUCCAGAGAGACUUCACUCUCCGCAAAAAGGAGGAGGAGCGACUCAGUGAGCUGAAGCAGAGGCUGGCGGAGGAGCACAGCCGGUGCAGCAUCCUCUCGAAGCACCAGAAGUUCGUGGAGCGCUGCUGCAUGCGCUGCUGCUCGCCCUUCACCUUCCUGGUCAACGCCAGGCGCCGCUGUGGGGAGUGCCAGUUCAGCGUCUGCAAGAGCUGCUGCUCCUACCAGAGGCGGGAAAAGCUCUGGCUUUGCUGUGUCUGCCAGCAAGCCAGGCUUCUGAGGACACAGUCCCUGGAAUGGUUCUACAGCAACGUGAAGAGCCGCUUCAAGCGCUUCGGCAGCGCCAAGGUCCUCAAGACGCUCUACAGGAAACACCGGCUGGAGAGCGGCGCCUGCUUCGACGUCCUAGGCGGGGCACUGUUUGACCCGAGCCCCGAGAUCGACGGGAGCGUGUCGGGGAGCGACUCCACCUUCUACAGGCAGUCGGAAGGACACAGCAUGAUGGACACGCUGGCCGUCGCCCUGCGUGUGGCAGAGGAAGCCAUCGAGGACGCUAUUUGCAAAGCAGAGUGCCACGGGGACAGCCUGGACAAGCAGAACGAGGCCAGCUACUUGCGGGACCACAAGGAAGAGUUGGCAGAGGAGCUGGCCACCACCAUUCUGCAGAGGAUUAUAAGGAAGCAGAAGGGCAAAGCUGAGGCGCAGAUGGAGGAAGAGGAGCCAGCAUGGCCUCGGCCCCAGAGCAGCAGCAUGGAAGCCCGGGAUGAGGCGUUCAAAGACCCUCCGGGACGCCAAGGCCGAGCACGCGCCCCGCUCUGGCGGUCCCAGUCUGCGUUCUCCUUCGCUACCGAGGAUGCUCUGAAGAGCUGUUCAGUGGAGGCUGCUGCCAGGCUGCCCAGGGGCCGCGGGCAGCGCCUGCUGGAGGAGUCUUCUCUGCCCAGCUGGAGGAGCGUGGACGGCCUGGACACAACAAGUCUGGUCCCAGUGUUGCGGAGCCCUGACGGAAACUGGAUGGCCUUGAAGGAUGCUGGCACUCGGCCCCCGACCCGUCUGCUGGCCAAACCGAAGAGUGGGACCUUCCAGGCCCUGGAGGCGGCGGCCAGUGCGACGGCUGCUUAUGAGGACAUGGGCUCCGACAGCGAGGAAGACUUUGAUUACGGGGAGGCCUUGAGUAAGCUGUGCCCACCAUCUCGGCCUGAGCAGCCCGAGCCUCAGCCUGCCCAGAGUUCCAGCCAAGGUCCCUCAGCCACGUCCCCCUCAAACCCCGAGGCCAUGUGUUCCGACUCGGAGACGUCCUCCAGCUCGUCCCGGGAGGCUGGCUGCCGGCUGUCCUGGCUGCAGAGGAAGGCCCCCAGGAGCCCCACGGCAGGGAAGACGCUGCGCCUCUGGGGGGAGCUGGAUGUGAACUUCAACCCCCAGGCAGCCAGCGGGGAGACCUCCGACAGCAGUGACCUGGAGGGGGCGCCCCCCACCACAGACCACCGGGCCAGGAAGUGGAGAAGGGCCAGAGGGGGCCCGGAGGAGCCCGGUAGGGGCCGGCCUUUCACUGGUGACCACUCACAGGCCCCGAACACACCUCAGGUGUUAGGCAGCAUGUCAGAGACUGACAUCAGCAAGGAGGCGCAGAGUUUGCGGACCAGCGCGGCCUCGGUGGAGGAGAGGCUGAGAAGCAGACUGUACGAGUUAGCCAUGAAAAUGAGCGAGGAGAGGGAGACGUCUUCUGGGGAGGAGCAGGAGUCCGAGCCCAGGACAGAGCCUGAGAACCAGAAGGGAAGCCUCUCUUCCGAGGAGAACAGCCAGGGCAUCCAGGAGGAGCUGAAGAAGAAGUGUUCUGCUGUUUCUCUCUGCAACAUCUCCACAGAAGUCCUGAAAGUCAUCAACGCCACGGAGGAGCUGAUCGCAGAGUCUGCGGGGUCCUGGGCGGCCCCCCCAGUGCCCCCCGACAGAGAGAAGGGAACAUUUCCCCUCGGGACGGACCAAGCGAGCCUGGACAAGCAGCUGACCUCGCUGGAAGAAAACGUGUACCUGGCGGCGGGUGCGGUGUACGGGCUGGAGGGGCGGCUGGGCGAGCUGGAGGACGCCGCCCGCCGCAUCCACAGCGGCACGCAAGACACGGAGCUGGCGCAUCUGGAGGACCAGGUGGCCGCAGCUGCAGCCCAGGUGCACCACGCCGAGCUCCAGAUUUCCGACAUCGAGAGCCGCAUUUCAGCCCUGACGGUCGCCGGCUUGAACAUCGCCCCGUGCGUGAGCCUCACGCGCAGACGGGACCGGAAGCAGAAGAGCCAGGUGCAAACCAUCGACACGUCGAGGCAGCAGAGGAGGAAGCUGCCGGCCCCUCCUGUGAGAGCUGACACAUCGGAAGCAUCUCCUGUGACCCCUGCGGAGACACUCGGCCACAGCUUCCUCGUGCAAGGCUCCUGCACAAACAGGGCCCCUGACAGGAAGGGCGGCACGGCGGGCUUGGUGGAGCCCGCCCCUGAGCCAGCGGGGACGAACUGACACGCCCGGAUGUGCACAGCCAGUGAGCCACUGCCCGGCGCCCACGACAGUGCCUUGACCACCAGCCAUGGAGUACUGUGCGCAUCUCCGCCGAGGCCAAUAUCCCGAUGCUGGCUCCGGGAGAGACCCUCGUGCCUGUGUGUGUCCCCUUGACCGGCCCGUGUGUGUUUUCUGAUCUUUUUACCCCCAUCAAGCUCCGUCCAAUAAAAAUGUCGGAGGGGAGAGGAGCUUCG